AUGAGCCCUCAAACCAUGAACAAAAAGUCAUGGGAGUCUCUCUCUUCAACGUUUUCUCAACUUGAAGUAUCGAUCUCUCAUGACAGUUGCUAUGCCUCGGACGAAGUCUCUGUCGUGUCGACCAAGCAAACCACCUCGAACACCUCUGGUGUAUCAGGCCCGGUGACUGCAACCGAACCGUCUCUUGGUUCCUUCUUGAAGCCCAUCUUGAAAAGACCGUAUUCCGAAAUCGAAGAAGAUGAGGAAUCAGAGUCGGGCUAUGCAUCGGAAAACUCGGAAUACGACUAUGAUGCGAUAUUCGAAGACAGUGAUGACGAUGAUGAUAUGUACCAUGUCUCCGGGUGGGACGACGCGUCUGAUAUAAUGUCAGACUCAUGUGACGAAGACGAUGCCGAAUCCCUGGAUGGAUCUUUCAUCUCUUUUGGACCCAUGGUUCGAUUUGACACGAACAUACGCUAUAUUGAUGCUCCAGAUUCGCCGGACGACAAUGAAGACUCUGAAGCAGAGCUGACUGGCCACGAGCUAAUGGAACGUGCACUGGCAUCUGGCACGCUCCGGUUCAAGGAGUCAGUUGACGAGCUGGACGUCAACGACAUCGAGGAUGACGAACUCAGCAGUACGCUCGAGUCGAUCAAGCAGCUGCCUGAAGAGCACACCAGCGACAUCGUCGAUCUGGACAAGAGGCUGUUUCUUGCCUACAUGAAUGGCAUCAAUGGGAUUCGCGAUCUCGAAUACAAAGCCCGCCUUCGCAAACAGGCCAAUGACUUCUACAUCGGUCGUCUGGACUCCCCGUACUUGGACCUGGAUAGUGCCAGCGGUACCUAUUUUGACAAUGUGCUGAACCACGUCAUUGGGCUUUUCCGCAACAUAGUUGCCAAGGAGGACUUUGGAGAACUUGCCAACCUCGUUAACGAAGAAGGCGCCUCUGACCGUCCCUCGAGAGCCGGUAGAAGUCACAACAAGGACUUGCUGGCCAAGAUCGAGAAUCUACUCUCCGAAAGACUAGCGUGUGACACCAACGUAGGGCCAGACGAGCUAAGCUUCUUCACCAGCGGUGUUGCGUAUGCACUGGAAAAUUGGAAUGGCUUUUUGGUCCACUAG